UAUAUGAGGCGUGCGGGGAGCGUGGCUCACCUUCAAUUGCCAUGAUUUUCGAUUCAAUGAAGGGCCGAGCAAGCAAGACUGAGAACCGUCCAUCGAUCUCAGGCUGCUGUCGAUCGGGGCUCCGGUCGUCUGCAAUGGUCUCUUCGAACCGUUCUCUGUCGACCGUCGGUUUGUUUCUGACGGAUGGAGGGUUUCGCUCUCUCGUCGUACAAUUAAUCUUACUCUCGCUUCUUGCGCCGCUGUUUUUCCCGGUGGUGUUUGGAACUCGGAUCCCCUUGAUCAAUUAUCAAAGCAGCAUUGCAAAUGUAUCUAACAAAGUGGAUGAUGAAGUAUCUGUUCAACUUGAAAAUGCUGCUAUUGAGCUCUCAAUAGCUGUGGACUCUGCUGUACUGGGUAAAUAUAAUCUAUGGAGGCGAGAAUAUGAUAAUGAACAUGAUGAUCCAAAAGUAAAGUUCAUACGAGAUCAAAUGACCAUGUCAAGGGUGUAUAUGGCCCUUGCUAAAUCAAAGAAUAAGCUUGACAUUUAUGCAGAGUUAUUGAAUCAUCUCAAGGAAAGUCAGCGCAUCUUAGGAAAGGCUAAUGCUGACGCCGAUCUCCCGCAAAGUGCACUGGAGGCAAUUAGAGCAACGAAUGCAGUUUUGGCAAAAGCAAAAGGCCAGCUGUAUGACUGCAAUAUAUUCAUUCGGAAUCUGAGAGGGAUGCUUCAAUCUGCAGAUGAGCAGGUUAGAGGCUUGAAGAAGCAAAGUACAUUCCUGAGUCAGUUGGCUGCAAAAACAAUUCCAAAUGCUAUUCAUUGUUUAUCAAUGCGUCUGAGCAUAGACUAUUACCUCCUCCCUCCAGAGCAAAGACAAUUUCCUAAGAGUGAAAAUUUGGAAAACCCAAAUCUCUACCAUUAUGCACUCUUCUCUGACAAUGUGUUGGCUGCCUCAGUUGUUGUGAACUCAACCAUAGUGAAUGCUAAGGAGCCAGAGAAACACGUCUUUCAUCUAGUUACUGAUAAACUCAACUUCGGAGCCAUGAACAUGUGGUUUCUGUUGAAUCCACCUGGGGAUGCUACCAUCCAUGUGGAGAAUGUGGAUGAAUUUAAGUGGUUGAAUUCUUCGUAUUGCCCAGUCCUUCACCAGCUUGAAUCUGCAGCCAUGAAAGAAUACUACUUCACAGCUGCUCAUCCCACAACCCUUUCAGCUGGUUCUUCCAAUUUAAAGUACCGAAAUCCUAAAUACCUUUCAAUGCUUAAUCACUUGAGGUUUUAUCUACCACAAGUUUAUCCUAAGCUGAACAAAAUAUUGUUCCUCGAUGAUGAUAUUGUUGUUCAGAAGGAUUUAACACCUUUAUGGUUUAUAGAUCUAAAGGGAAAUGUAAACGGUGCUGUUGAGACCUGUGGUGAGAGCUUUCAUAGAUUUGAUAAGUAUCUCAAUUUCUCAAACCCUCACAUUGCCAUGAAUUUUGAUCCUAAUGCGUGUGGAUGGGCCUAUGGUAUGAAUAUGUUCGAUCUUGUUGAAUGGAAGAAGAAAGACAUAACUGGGAUCUAUCAUAAAUGGCAGACAUUGAAUGAGGACCGAACCCUUUGGAAACUUGGAACUCUGCCUCCUGGUUUACUGACAUUCUAUAACUUGACGCAUCCACUGAACAAGUCAUGGCAUGUUCUUGGCUUGGGCUACAAUCCAAGCAUUGAUCGUUCCAGGAUAGAAAAUGCCGCUGUUGUACAUUAUAAUGGUAACAUGAAACCUUGGUUGGAGCUAGCAAUGACGAAGUACAGGCAUUACUGGACCGCAUAUAUCAACUACGACCAUCCAUACAUUAAAAAUUGCAAAUUGAGGACAUAACUGACUCAAAUUCUUGUUAAAUUGCAUGAGAAGGGUGGUUUUGAUCUCUAUUGACUCUCUUUGGUUUACUGUGUUCAAUUCUUUUUUAUUUUUUUUAAACUUUCUUCUGUAACUAAAGUUGAAUGCAAGCUUUUUUCAGGUUGAUUUCUCAUUCUUAUGAACCUUUAUAUUUU